UCUUUUGGCUAGCCUUUAAAAAUGCCGCAGCCGGCUCGACCAGCUAGCUCUGCUGCUUGGCUUUGCCGCAGGCCUUGGGGGUGUUACUGGCUCCUGCUCCGAUCCAACAGGCUCUGGACCCGGCUCCCGCCUGCGCCCGGAGUAAGAGAUCCCUCGGGAGUGGCCGUCAAAAAUGCCCAACUGGGGAGGUGGUAACAAAUGUGGGGCCUGUGGAAGAACUGUGUACCAUGCUGAAGAGGUGCAGUGUGAUGGAAGAAGCUUCCACAGAUGUUGUUUCCUGUGCAUGGUUUGCAGGAAAAAUUUAGACAGCACAACUGUGGCAAUUCAUGAUGAUGAGGUCUACUGCAAAUCCUGCUAUGGAAAGAAGUAUGGACCCAAAGGCUAUGGCUAUGGCCAAGGAGCAGGCACGCUUAACAUGGACAGAGGAGAAAGGCUGGGCAUCAAGCCUGAGAAUGUGCAGCCUCACAGGCCCACAACAAAUCCAAAUACUUCCAAAUUUGCCCAGAAAUUUGGAGGAGCUGAGAAGUGUUCCAGAUGUGGGGAUUCGGUGUAUGCCGCAGAGAAAGUAAUAGGAGCAGGAAAGCCUUGGCACAAAAAUUGUUUCCGAUGUGCCAAGUGUGGAAAGAGCCUGGAGUCAACAACUCUGACAGAGAAAGAAGGAGAAAUCUAUUGCAAAGGUUGCUAUGCAAAGAACUUUGGACCAAAGGGUUUUGGUUAUGGCCAGGGAGCGGGAGCACUCGUCCAUGCACAGUAAAGGCUAAGACAUCUAAAACAGCAAGAACCACAGCGCCACGCACUGAGACUGUAUCAAGACACAGUGUAUCUCUUAAUAGUAAACUACUGUGAAAACUAUGCGAACAAUACCAGCAUUUAUGUACUGUUGGUUACUAUGUAUUUGAAGACACUAACUUGUAGGAAGAAAGCAUUGCAUUGAGUCUGUUUAGUAUAUAUUUACUCCGAUUUUAACUACAUAGCGUUGGAUAGGCUUUUUUUUUUAAAUAACCUUUGCUGUUUAA